AUGACUGAGGAACAGUACGUACUGGAGGCCCAGUCGGGCCAUCUUCAGCAGCCCAGGUGCGACGCUGUCGACCCCGUGGGACUCUAUGGGUGGAGGAAGAGAUUCCUCUACUUUUUCCUCUCGCUGUUGCUGGUCAUAAUGAUAGUCAACCUGGCCUUAACUGUGUGGAUAGUAAAGGUCAUGCAUUUCACUGUGGACGGAAUGGGAAACCUUCAGGUGAACGGGGAAGGGAUACGACUUGAGGGAAUAUCGGAAUUCCUUCUUCCCCUUUAUGUGAAGGAGAUCCAGUCAAGAAGGGCAAGCCCAUUGGUCGUGCGGUCGAACAGAAACGUGACUAUAAACGCUCGAAACGACCAAGGCCAACUCACUGGACAGCUGACAGUGGGUCCCGAUUCAGUGGAAGCACAGUGUCAGAGAUUUGAGGUGCGAAGCAGAGAUGGAGGGAAGUUGCUGUUCUCUGUAGAUGAAAAGAAGAUCAGCAUAGGAACAGAUACAGUCAGAGUAACUGGCUCAGGCGGAGGGGUCUUUGGACACUCUGUGGAAACGCCACACAUCCUGGCAGACGCCUCUCAAGAUCUGAAGCUUGAGUCUCCAACAAGGACCUUGACCAUGGAGGCUCCCAGAGGGGUAGAGGUCACUGCAGCCAGGGGGAAACUGAAGGCCACGUGUCGGAAAGACCUGGAACUCCAGUCAACAGAGGGAGAGAUCUUUUUAGAUGCAAACGCGAUCCGACUGGGGAGCUUCCUUCCACUUGGUGUCUACUCCCCGUCCUCCGACGCAGCUUCUCAGAAACAGACUGUGUACGAGCUGUGCAUCUGCCCCAACGGCAAGCUGUACUUCUCCCCCGCCGGCAGCACAUCCAGCUGCUAUUCCACAAGCAACGUCUGUCUCUGGAACUGA